AUGAAGAAGAAGAAGAAGAAAAGGAAGAAGGAGAGGAGUUGCGGCGAUUUUUGGGGUAGGGGUCUGAAUGUGGUAGAAUGGGAGUUGAGGAAACUUCAGGUAGAGGGAUUACUCCUCCUGAGGUCCAUGUCCACCGUACCACACAAAUCUCCCGCAAGAUGCCCACAUAUAAGCCAUUAUAAUGUUUGGUUUGGUUCGGUUUCCCUUGCUGUAAAUAACCUAUGGUGCAUGAAAGGAUCUCAAUUCCUGGCCCAUAAGUAUGCAACCGGGCUAGUCACCGCCGUAAAUCGAGCCGAACGACGCAUCCUCACGCGAACCACUUCUGGACACAAACGUGACCGUAUACCUCAACCUUUGCCCGACAUACUUGAAACGAAGUCUCGUUGGGUUCACGGUCACGUUCACAUUCGGGGGCGCCUUGACCGAGACAGUGUAAACCGAUUCACCGGGCUCCACGCUGGUCAACUUCCUGGUCAGACGCAUGACCCUGGUGUUUUUAAACACCACGGAGAAAGAGGGGUAGUUGAGCUGGGCCGGGGUCUUGAACUUGUACUUAAGGCUGGCGCACGUAUGAUUGUAGUUCUUGGUGAUGGCCAGGAUAUCCCUCGGACUGAAGGCGAGGUAUUCGCGCGGGGUGAUGUUGUACACGAGGCCCGGGGAGAGGGCUUUGAUUGGGUCCACGUAGCCCGCGCCCAAUGCGUAUGGGGUUGCGCUGGAAUUGUCCUCGGCAUCACUGAUGGGGGAGUGGGUGUUGUCGAGGGUGUAGGCUGUGGUCAUGAGGGCCGACUUGAUCGCGCUCGGGCUCCAGUCUGGGUGGGCAGCCUUCACAAGGGCCGCCAGCCCACUUAUGUGCGGGCACGACAUCGAUGUACCUGCUCAUAA